GAUGGUUAGGUGAUAUUAAAUUAAUGACGGUGGCAAGCAAGUCAAUGAGAAACCAAGCUGUUGGAUCUAUACUGUGUUGUAUACAUUUGUUGACUAUGCUUCUUUUUCGUAUGAUUAACAUUUUUGUUUAGCAAUAGAAGUUUCGAAGAUGCAAGAAACUUAGUGGUGUGCAAUUCAUGAAAAGACAAUAUUCCCCUUUUUAGUCAAACCCAUGUAGGUAUCCUUUGCGUUCGGUGGUGGAAGGGCGAAAUUGAAAAUGUCAUUUUUUGUCCCAAGUCAAACAAUCAGUGCUACUUGCUGUUAGAAUAUUAGUUUAGACGACUUGUUUUGUUCAAACUACAAGAAAUUCAAGCUCUUAUAAAUAUACAUUACCCCUAUGUUCUCAACUUUCAUUACAAACGCUCUCAAUUCAUUGUGUGAACAAAGAAAACUCUAUCCUUAAUUUACUUUGCUUCCUUGUUUCUUAAAAUCUUACCAAAAAAGAAAGAUAAUAUGAAGAGAGAACGAUCUGAGUUCGAAGAGUCCAUCAAGAAUCUAGACAUUGCUAAAUGUCUAAUGAUACUAUCUCAAACCUCCUCCAUGGUCAAACAGAUUGGCGUGAAUCAAUAUGCCGAGAGCAAUUCAAGUAACCGGUUCGAAUGCAAAACAUGUAACAAGAGAUUCUCUUCGUUUCAAGCCCUUGGUGGCCACCGUGCAAGCCAUAAGAAGCCAAAGCUAACCGUUGACCAAAAGGUGGUGAAACAAUAUCUUACCAAAGAAGGAACUCAAGCCCAUGAGUGUACAAUAUGCGGUAAGAGUUUUGGGACCGGACAGGCUUUAGGCGGUCACAUGAGACGGCAUAGGUCAAGCAUGAUGGUGGAGCCAUCGGAGCUCAUCUCUCCUGUGAUUCAUAACAUGCCGGUUCUGAAACGAUGUAGUAGUAGCAAGAGGGUUUUGUCUUUGGAUUUGAAUUUAACUCCCUUAGAGAAUGAUCUUGAAAUUCUUUUGGGAAGACGUUUUUCCCAAACAUAGAUAUGAAGUUUGUUGUUUAGUUUUUUCUUUGUUCUGUUCAUCAAUCAUGUAGGUUAUUGAAAUUCUUCUGUACUGUUAUUCUCCCAUUCUUUUAAUUAAUUAUUUCAAACGCUA